GACAGAGGGAGGAGAGAGAGAAGAGUACAAAAAGAAAAUUACAUAGAAACAAUUUCUUUAUACAUAAAAAAAGAAGUUGUGUACGUAAAAGAAUAAUAAUAGCGCUGUAAUAAUAAUACAAUACAUUGCUCUAUUUUUCAAUAGAGAAGGUAUGAUUAAAAGAGUAAUGCUAUAAAAAAGGUAGCGUACUAUAUAUAUUUUAGUUUAGUAUUGACCGUUUAUUACCUUCCAAAGAGCGAACAAAGUGUUUAUUUAUACAAAAUCUACGUUUGCCUUCUUGAAAAAAAAAUUAUGAGUCGUUCUUCUUAUUAAGAAGCGUAUAAUAGAAGACCAGCAGCGGGCGAAUACGAAGAAGAGAGAAGGAAAGUGAACGAGAGAACAAGAGAGGAGAAGAGAGAGAGAGAGAGAAAGAGAGGAGAGAAAGAGAAAAGGAGAGAGUUUAUCUAUGUAACAGUAAACAAGAGAAGAGGUGAAAAGAGAAACAAAACAAGCCCAAGCCCAAUGAAAGUUGUACAAGACAUUAUACAUAUAUAUAGAUAAUAAGAGGAUAAGUUGAUAAUAAAUGUUAGGAAAAAAAAAUAUGACGGAGAUCGAUGACAAACGAACGGAGGUUCUAGUCGGUUCAAACCAAAAUGGGGGACACAAGUUUAGACUUACAAAGAAAAUUGGUUCAGGAAGUUUCGGCGAUGUUUACGAAGCCCAAGAUGAAACAACAGGGGAGAAAGUGGCUGUUAAAAUGGAGAAAAAAGAGUCUAGACAUCCCCAGCUACUCUUCGAAAGCAAGUUAUAUAGGGUUCUUCAAGGUGGUGUUGGAGUACCAGUCUUAAGGUAAUUAAUUAACUUAGAAUUAAUAAGAUCACACAGCCAAUAAUCUAUACGUGCUGUAUGAGAUCUAUAAAGAAAUAUUUUCUUAACAGGUACUUAAGUAAACUUGAACUUGUAACCUUUAGGUUACUAUAUGACAGUUUAUGACAAACAUAAUACGUAUAUGAAUGUAUAUGCUACUGUAAAUAAUGCUUAUUAUUUCUGCAGAACGAUCUAUCCUAUCCUAUGUUUAGUCUAGAUGGAAAGAUAUUGAAUUAUCUUUGAACAAACUCCUUCCUUUUCAGAUUUCUUAAUUAACAUAAUUCUACGUUUUUUUCAAUAUCUCAUCCUUGGGUGCUUUGUUCUUCUUCUUCUUCAUCAUCAUCAUCUGUUGCCUCUCUCAUUUCCUUUUUUUUUAUUCUACUUUUUAAUAAAAAGAAUUCCAGAUUUUAUCACCUCAUUCCUAUUUGCUAAACAAAUAUAAAAUCCCUUAUCAAUUCUUUCGUAUAGGUUGUGUGCAAUAAUAUGCUACAAGUUUACAUUAUGGAUAAUUAUAGAUUUCUUUACAAAUUUUGAAUAGAGUUAAUUUAUAGAUCUUUCUCUUUACAUAAUAGACGUUAUGUGAUAGAAUAUGCAUAUUUACAAUUAUUUUAUUGUUAAAAAACCCUCAAUAAAAAUCCAAUUAAACAUAAUAUAUUUAACGAAUGUUUGUCUAUUCAAACUAUAGAACAAAACGUUAAACAUCUGUCUCUUUCCUCGAAAUAACAUAAACAAAGAAAAGACAGAGAGAGAGAGAGAGAGAGAGAUUAUCCUAUACGAUUAAUCCACACAGUAAUAUAUUUGUAUACUGGAAAGAAAUACAGAAAACAGACCUGUCACCUAUUUUUUGUGUACUUAAAGCUUCUUUUCACAGACCCAGCAAACUGGAUUAUUAAAUUUUUUUCGUUAUACUAACUAUCAAAUCGAAUUCAAUUCUUGUAUUAUUAUUAUUAGGUGGUAUGGCCAACACGACGCCGGUUAUAAUGUCAUGGUAACCGAUUUACUGGGUCCGAAUUUAGAGGAUUUAUACAACUAUUGUAAAAGAAAAUUCUCCUUAAAGACGGUCCUUCAACUGGCUGACCAAAUGCUCGGAAGAGUCGAAUAUAUCCAUAAUAAAUGUUUUAUACAUAGGGAUAUUAAACCAGAUAAUUUUCUAAUGGGCAUUGGAGCUAGGAGAGUGAACACAGUCUUCCUUAUAGAUUACGGCUUGGCCAAAAAGUACAGGGACAUGAGAACAAGAACUCAUAUUCCCUAUAGGGAAGGGAAAAGUCUAACGGGAACAGCUCGUUACGCCUCCGUUAACGCCCAUUUAGGAGUUGAACAAUCGAGAAGAGACGACCUUGAGAGUUUAGGAUACGUUUUGGUAUAUUUGGCAAAAGGAAGUCUACCUUGGCAAGGACUAAAAGCAGCAACCAGAAAACAAAAAUAUGAAAGAAUUUCUGAAAAAAAGCUAUCAACAAUACCAGAAGUUUUGUGUAAAGGUUUUCCAGAAGAAUUUCAAAAGUACUUGACUUAUACAAAGAACUUGAAGUUCGAAGAUGCUCCUGAUUACGACUACCUAAGGAAAGAACUGUUCAGAAAAUUGUAUACUAAAAAACUACAUUAUCAAUACGAUUUUCAUUUCGAUUGGAGUGUUUCAAGUAAGAAUGAAGAUCGCAGUGAAGAGCAAAGAGCCUCAAAAAUAUCUCAUCCGCCUCAACAGCAAAUAACGCUUAAACACGGAAAUGUUAUUAAUUGGUGAAAAACGUUCGUCCAGGCCUAAAUUCAUAAUAAAAAACAAUUGUUUUGAUUUCUCCUUUUUAAAAUAAUUACUAUAUAUUCAUAUAGAAAUAUAAGUAAAUGAAUAGAAAACGUAAGAAAUAUAGUUUAUACAAAAUAUACGUUUUAAUGUUUUU